ACAAUGUAGACGUAGAACAAAAAAAUAGCAAUUUGGCACGCGCAAAAUGUGGAGCGCAGCGCGUGGACAUUGUCUAGUCCAGCGCGUGGGUGGAUAUCAGAAACGGAAAGACACAACACCGCGUGUGACGGUGAAAGACAGGUUUGACAGCAUGAUCAUGAACCGUGGAUCUUUCCAAAACGUGAUGCAACCCAACAUGCCUUUGAGGAGGCCGUCAACCAGCCCAGCAGGUGCCACUGCAACCCCAAGGGCCCCUGGCCCAACACCAGACCGGCCUCUAGCGAGUUCCAACGUGGAUGCUGAGGCCAGCCGAAAAGAAACCACUGUACUCACAAACGGCUCUAUGAAAACAGCCUCUAUGCCCCCAUUCACUGUUAAGUUGUGCAACUACUGCAGUCAGCAAGGUAACCUUCGCUGUACGCGCUGCAAGAAGACCUGCUACUGCUCAGUGGCUUGCCAGUCAGAGGACUGGAAUGCACACAGGCACAUGUGCAAGCCCAGUGCCCCAGAUACUCCCACAAGUGAUAAGCCAAAGGAAAUCCCAGCUUCACCGAUGGGAAAUGGGCAGAACCUGUCAGACUCCAAGGUGAACAACGGUGAUGUGACUUGCUCCCAGCGAGUGUACCUGCGGGACCUCCGUAAGAAUGACAUCACCAAAGGAAUGGAAAUUCAGGUGUCUGUGGUGGAGCUGCAUAGCCCUGGUAGGUUUUUCAUUCACGUCCAAAGCCCAGAGCUGGUUGAGGCUCUGAGAGCCAUUACUGUGGAACUGCAGAAGACCAACGGUGGCUCGCUAGGGACAGACUACAAGCCCGACACCGGAGAGGUCUGUGCCGUCAAAUACUCCUUGGAUCAGAACUGGUACAGAGGUGUUGUCCAGUCUGUAGCUGCAGAUGAUGGAAAUGCUAAAGUUCUCUACAUUGACUUUGGAAACGAAGAAGAUGUGACACUGGAUCGGAUCAAGCCCCUCGCUGCCAGCAUUGAACCCAUUCCACCAUGUGCUUUGGAGUGCAGCGUCGCCGGGAUAACACCGGUGACUGACAGCUGGAUGGGGGUGUGUUGCAUGGCUGUGAGACAGCUGGUGGCUGGAAAGAGCCUGACACUCACUGUGGUGGACACACAGGAGAAUGACCGCACCUACGCAGUGGACAUCCUGCUGACUCCUAUCGGUACUGUAUCACAGGAAGGCUAUGGAAAACAGCUGAGCACUUUCCUCAUGGACCAAGGUUAUGCUGUGAGGGAGGACGUCAAUAAGAAACGCGCAGAACAGGACGUUGACUCCCUGGUGAGUGCGUCCCUGGAAAACUUCCGCCGCCAGUCGGGGGGUAAGAACGAGAACAUGGAGGCACAGCCACCUGACCCUCUGACCCAGGGACUGGGAGACACCUUCGCUGCCAUGGUGACGCACCUGCAGUCACCUUAUGACAUCAUCUGUCAGAAACUGGACAACGCCAGUGUGAUCCAGGAGCUGCAUCUGAAACUGAGAGACCACUGCUCUCAGACCCCAGCCAGCCAAAACUUCAGACCUGCCCCUGGCACAGUGUGCUGCUCCCUAUUCUAUGAGGACAACCAGUGGUACAGGGCCAAAGUGCUGGCCUACUCAUCUGAAGAGAAGGUGUGUGUAGGCUACAUUGACUUUGGCAACUCAGAGGAGGUGGAGCUGAGUCGCCUGUGUUCCAUCAGCUCUGAACUCCUAGCCCUGCCAAUGCAGGCCAUCCCUUGUGCCCUGGCAGGAGUGCGUCCCACAGCAGAGGUCUGGUCAGAGGAGACUGUGCUGAUGCUCAGGCGGAUGGUGUGCAACCGAUUCCUGCGGGUAGAGAUCCUGGGCGAGCGGGAGGGUAUGGCGCUGGUGACCAUGAUCGACGAGGCCAGCGACCCCCAGGGCAAUGUGGCUGAGAUGCUGGUCGCCACAGGUUAUGCCUUGCCUUCCAACCAUCAGGAUGAAGAGCCCACCACGAAGGGGCAGGCGGAAGGAGCCUGGACAGAAUCAGCUCAUGUGGCCAAGCCUGCUGUAGGAGAGAAGCUACAGUGGACAUGUGCUGAGCUUCCUACUGAGGGCCAGAUGGUGGCACUGGUGGUCAGUGUGAUGGAGAAUCCUGGAGAGUUCUACUGCUACAAAUAUAACCAAGAAGACCUGCAGGUUCUAGCGGAGCUGGGGGCUGAGCUGAAGCGGCACUGUGAGGCAGACAUCACCCCUUUCACCCCUAGUGUGGGUGAGCCCUGCUGCGCUCUGUUCUCUGGUGAUGGGGCAUGGUACCGUGGUAUGGUGCAGGGUGUGUGGGCUGGCAGUAAAGCCCGGGUGUAUUUUGUGGACUAUGGCAACACCAGUGAUGUCGAACCAGCCCACCUCAGAGCGAUCACACCCGAGCUCCUCAAACACCACUUCCUGGCUAUCCGCUGCUGGCUAGCAGGUGUUGAGCCUCUGAGCCCCCAGUGGAGUGCUGAGUCUAUAGUCCGCUUCCAGGCCCUGUGUGUGGGCCAGCAGCUCCAUGCACGUGUCCUCUUCAUCACAGAGCGAGGCUACGGACUUCAACUGGACAGCAGUGGUCAAAACGUGGCCACCACACUGCUCUCAGAACAGCUGGCCAAAGCCCCUGGACAGAGCCAGGCCCAUGCUAAAUCCAUUCCCACUGUCCCUAAAAUCCCCCAGCAGAAGCCUGCCAUUCAGAGAGACACCACCACUAGUGUGGGACCACCCAAACCCGCAGCCGCCAAUGAAAAUGAGCCGCCCACUGAGAAGCAGGUCAAGAAAAACAAUCAGAGCAAGGCUAGUGCUCGGCAGCCGGCAAAAGUGUCCAUCCCAUUUGGAUCCGAUGGAACUGCAUCUGACAAAUUCCCUCUGGACUGGAGAACGGUGGAGCUGCCUCGCAAUGAGACCUUCCAGCCUUGCAUAGCAGCCGUUGUCAGCCCCAGUCUAUUCUACCUUUUCAACCCCAGCCAUGUGUAUGUGGAGAGACUGCAGAGUGUGAUGAUGGACUUGGCUGUAUACUGCACCACCAAGGCCUUGCCUAGUCGGUGCAAACCCAUGCCAGGAGCUGCAUGCUGUGCCCAGUUUUCAGGUGAUAAGAAUUGGUACAGAGCCGUGUUCCUGGAGACCACAGAGACUGAGGCCAGUGUUAUCUAUGCUGACUACGGCAACUCCGAGAAACUCCCCUUCGCCAGCAUUCUGCCCAUCCCCACAGAGUUCCUGGAGCUCCCUUUCCAGAUUGCCCGCUGUGCCCUCACAGGUAAGGAGCAUUUCCCGUCAGUGUGGCCCGUAGAGGUCCUGGAGCUUUUCAGUGCCCUGCUGAGUGACGGCGUGCUGGCCUCUGUCCAGGACUUCGAUGGCAACUCCAACCUGCUGUCAGUCACCCUGCAAAUAGAGCGAGGCGGGGGCCACCUCAACACUAUGAUCCUAGAGGGGCUGCAGAGCACACAAACUGGCAGCGCCAAGACCCGCAGACAGGAGCCAGGCCAGACCAAGACCCCCAUCAUCGCCACAGCUCCAGUCACGCCGGCCACAGCUCCAGUCACGCUGGCCACAGCUCCGGCCACAGCUCCAGUCACGCCGGCCACAGCUCCAGUCACGCCAGCCACAGCUCCAGUCACGCCGGCCACAGCUCCAGUCACGCCGGCCACAGCUCCAGUCACGCCGGCCACAGCUCCAGUCACGCCGGCCACAGCUCCAGUCACGCCGGCCACAGCUCCAGUAACUGAUUAUGCUGCCCCGACGAAUACUGAACCCAAGGAACCACACAGCCUAAUUUGCUCAAAAAGUGUGAAUGAUUAUGCCUCUCCAUGCUGCUGCCGGCACUUGGUGCAAAAGAUUGAUCAACUGGAAGAGCACAUUCUGUUCCUCAUGGAGAAAAUAGGUGGAUUGUCAAAGUGACUGCCAUACACAACGAGUACACAACUCUAUGUUCUAGGAAUAUUCAUGAAUACAUGUAGGUAUUCAGUUUAAGUGAUUUAUGCUUUGCAGUUCAGUUGGGAUGUUCCCUCAAGGGUUUUUGGUGGGUGAAUGUUGCAUCUAGGCUGUGAAAGGUAUUUACAUUAUGGAUAUAAUAUGAUGGAACAGCUCUCUUGAUCAGGACUUAGUUUUAAACUUUGGUUUAAAAUUGCUAAUCUAAUUGUUUUAGGUAUUGUUUAACUGAAAUGUAAUCAUAUUUUACACUUUCAUCAUAAACUAUAUCAUAAUUGUACUUUACAGAAGUAAGCAAUCUUAGAAUUGUUAUUGUUUUGUGACCAUGUGGUCAGUGCAUCAGUAAUGUUAGGAUGAUUACAUGAUUAUGUGCCUUCUCAUUUAGUGUUCCACCAUCUGUUGAAGAGGCAUGGUUUCUCAUUUACUUGUUUUAAUUCAAGUUCAGUUUGGAUAUGGAAUGGCGUUGUGACAUUAAAUGAAAGCAUUUACUUGAGCAGAUUUCUUGAUGGCUAACCAAACAGCACAGACUACAUGCCGAUUAGAAAUGUGUUUUAGUGCUUGAUCUAAGAUAGGAAAAUAAAUAUUGUUGUCUUAUGUGUGAAAUAACUUCGCUAGAUAUUUGGGCCCUCAUUUGCUCCUUGUAGAUCUCACUUUUUGUCAAAUUAUCAAUCUUCAUUUUAUGAGUUGAAGACCUUUAAAGGAGAAUGUUGCUAUUUUUCAACCUAAUCUGUAUUUUUGAUGUUAAUGGCAUGUUAUAAAAGGGUGAAGACA